CUAUCUUUCACCCACAGACUGGAUAAAGAACAAAAAGUAUCUCAGCUGCCACCAGUCAACCACCCAAGGCACAACUCUUGAGCAUCGCAUCUCAGAGCACCACGGAGACACACUUGCAAUAACGAUCACCAUGGUUUACGUACGGCAGGAAAAACUCCCAGCUCUGAAGGAGUACAAAUACUCAGGUGUUGACCAUUCGCUGCUCUCACGAUAUGUCCUGAAGCCCUUCUACACCAACUUCGUCAUAAAAUGUUUUCCCAUGUCGAUGGCACCAAAUCUUAUUACCCUCUCAGGCUUCAGUUUUAUCAUUGCCAACGUUUUGACCCUUCUGUGGUAUACACCGACGCUGGAUCAAGACUGCCCACCUUGGGUCUAUUUUAGCUGGUCCAUUGGGCUCUUUCUCUACCAAACCUUUGAUGCGGUGGAUGGUUCACAAGCGUCUGUAUUUGCUAGGAAGACCGAAACUAGCAUGCUAAUAAAUUUGCAGACGACGAACGCACCAGAGUGGCCCCCUUGGCGAGCUUUUUGAUCAUGGUGUGGAUGCUUUGAACACGUCACUAGAGGUCCUGGUUUUCGCUGCCUCGCAGAACUUUGGCAUGGGUUGGAAGACGGUCCUAGUACUGUUUGGUUGUAUGUUUAACUCCUUGCUUCCCACCUACAGGGUAGCUGCUAAUACGUCCCAGCUCUUUUAACCUUCUACGUACAAACAUGGGACGAAUACCACACCAAGACUCUUACAUUAGGCAUAGUCUCUGGACCAGUUGAAGGAAUCGUUAUUCUCACACUGGUGUAUGCAUUCACGGGUUUUAUGGGCGGUGGAAGCUUUUGGCAACAAUCAAUGCUCCAAACCUUGGGUGUUCCUCAUUUCGCUUUCAUUCCAGAUAUCAUUUACAAUUUGGCUUUCAAUGAGUGGUAUCUCUUGCAAGGUGGAUCAGUCUUGGUUUUCAACACCAUUCAAUCGUAUGAACCACUCAGCUCCCCAACUGUGGACAAUGAAGUGCUGCUGACUCUAUAUUACAGAUCUUUAAACGUCAUCAGCGCUCGCCGUAAGAGAGGCGAUAGGUCUCGAGGUGCUCUUCUAGGUCUCCUUCCCUUCUUUGGAACCUGGACUUUGAUUCCUGCCUACCUUUACCUCAACCCUGAAAUCCUAUACAAUCACCUUGUGCCCUUUGUCGUCUUCGCUGGACUCGUCAACGCGUACUCUGUGGGGCAAAUGAUUACCGCUCAUCUUGUGAAAUUGGAUUUCCCAUACUACAACGUUCUGGUUUUGCCCUUGGCAUAUGGUGUUUUCGACUCCUUGGGGCCAUUUUUGCAAACUCACAUCGGUGUCGGAUGGCCAAGUGCUUUGGGUGAUGGAGGUUACCAGGUAGCGUACAUGUUCUCCAUGUUGGGCAUGGCUAUUGGUGUUUAUGGAAGCUUCGUCGUAAGUGCCAAGUCUCGAUUUUCGAGUAUUUCUUACUGACAUAAGAUUCAGGUUGAUGUCAUCGUCACAAUUUGCGACUAUCUUGAUAUCUGGUGCUUGAUGAUCAAGCACCCAUGGGACGAAGAGGCAGAGGCAAAGAAGGCAAAGAAGGCAAAAUAAGCCUCCUUUGUUUCGCGAAUUGGUAAAAAGGAAUUGAUUGGGGCAGGUAAUGACGAUAUGGACAAGACCUUAAUGGAGUUAUGCAUAUGGAUGCCGGGUUAUGUGUAUAUUAUUGGACUGCGAUGUAUUAUGUUUUUCUGCUACAAAGGUGGUUGAUUUCGAUACCCAGGUUUUUAAUGACGAGCGCGAUCUGGCUGGGUUUGGGCAUUGCGGUUUUCCUUUAAUACACAUUUUUUCGCUUCUGGUUCAUCCUCACUACUGACU